AUGUCAAAAACUGCAGUUAGCGAAAAAGCUGAGAUGCAGGGCACAGCCGACGUUUUCUGCAUUAACAUCUACUCGACAACAAUAGUUACUCACAAAGCAAUGAGGAUAACCCCAGCAUCUUUUGAAGGCGAUAUGGAUGUUGAAACUAGUAUCAAUACACUCUGGCCAUCAACAGCGCUUAGUGAGCACAGGGCAGUGGCCUGGGGACUACGAAGACUACUAAACUGGAUAAAAGAAGAAUAUGGAGAUAUUCCAAUUUAUAUCACUGAGAAUGGUGUGGCUACUGACAAUAGCAAUGAUUAUGAUGACACCAACCGCAUCUUUUACUAUAAGACCUACAUAGACGAAGCUUUGAAAGCUCACAGUAUCGAUAGGGUGAAUUUAAAAGGAUACACUGCUUGGUCUCUUAUGGAUACUUUUGAAUGGAACGUUGGAUAUAGAGUGCGGUUCGGGCUCCACCACGUGAAUUUUCAGGAACCUAAUCGGCCAAGAACCCCUAAACGUUCUGCUCUGUACUAUGCUGAUGUUAUACGGAACAAUGGGAUUUCAUUGGACAAAGAAGAUGAGUUUCUCUAUGGACAUUUCCGCUCAGAUUUUGCCUGGAGUGUAGCAUCUGCAGCUUAUCAGAUUGAAGGCUCCUGGAGGGCUGAUGGCAAAGGUUUGAGCAUUUGGGAUAAGUUUGCCCAUUCUCCAUUCAGAAUAAACAAUGAUGAAAAUGGAGACGUGGCCUGUGACAGUUACAACAAGCUGAAAGAAGACAUAGAACUUCUGAAGUACCUGAAAGUUACACAUUAUCGAUUUUCAAUCUCUUGGCCACGAGUUCUACCUGAUGGUACAACAAACCAUGUAAAUGAACGGGGACUGAACUACUACAUUCGACUUAUUGAUGAACUACUGGCUGCCAAAAUUAUACCCCAGGUUACAAUUUAUCACUGGGAUCUUCCGCAAGCUCUGCAAGAUGUUGGGGGCUGGGAGAAUGAAACUAUUGUGCAACGAUUUAAGGAAUAUUCGGAAUUCCUUUUUGACAGACUGGGAGACAAAGUGAAGUUCUGGAUAACACUCAAUGAACCAUACAUCAUUGCCAAUCUGGGUCACGGGUAUGGCUCAGCAGCCCCAGGAAUUUCAUCAAGACCCGGUAUAUUACCUUAUAAAGUGGGACAUAACCUCAUUAAAGCACACGCCGAGGCAUGGCAUCUCUACAAUGAUACCUACCAGGCCAAACAUGGUGGCAUCAUAUCGAUCACCAUUAACUCUGACUGGGCAGAACCAAGAAACCCCUACAAGCAGGAGGAUGUAGACGCAGCAAAGAGAUAUAUGAGCUUUUACGGUGGAUGGUUUGCAAAUCCAAUUUUCAAGAAUGGUGACUACAAUGAAAUCAUGAAAUCCAGGAUUCGGGAGAGAAGUCUUGCUCAAGGACUUACGACAUCACGACUUCCAGAAUUCACAGAAAGCGAGAAGAAAAGGAUAAAAGGAACAUAUGAUUAUUUUCCAUCCUGGCGUCUCCCAUCAAUUUCCCACAAUCUAUCCAAUCAUAUGACGCUGACAGGGCUGUGAAUCCUAUGACCGACCGAAGCUGGCUGGGUUCUGGCUCCAUUUGGUUGAAAGUGACACCGUUUGGUUUCCGAAGAAUAUUAAACUGGAUAAAGGAAGAAUACAACAACCCCCCAAUUUAUGUAACCGAGAAUGGCAUUUCGGAACGUGGGACAAAUCUGAAUGAUAAGUGGCGAGAACAUUACUACAAGCUUUAUGUGAAUGAAGCAUUGAAAGCUGUCAAGUACGAUGGUGUAGACCUCCGAGGAUACACAGCUUGGUGUCUAAUGGACAACUUCGAGUGGGCAACUGGAUACGCUGAACGAUUCGGCUUGUAUUACACAAAUUACUCAGAUCCAAACUUACCACGUAUUCCUAAGCAGUCUGCAGCGUAUUACAGAACUCUCAUGCAAUGCAAUGGGUUCCCUGACCCAGCCGAUGGACCUCAUGCUUGCCUGGAGACACCGUUAGAAGGUACAACUGCAAUUCCAGCCAAAACCUCUGGGGGUCACACUGCUGUCGUUACAGAGCCCAUAGAGAAAGAUGAAUCUGACUUCGUUGACUUUCUCGGUCUAAAAAUUUCUACUUCGGAUGCAAUGAUUGCUUUAUAUGUAGAAUUCGCCCUCUUAAUUGCAGCAGUUUGCAGCGUUAUCUUGCUUUCAGUCCUGUAUGGCAAGUUAAAGAAAAAAUAUAAGUUAGCAAAAUUACUGUAAGUGGUAAUGUCCCAUAAUAUACUGUGUUUUUUUUUUUAAACAUUUUGUAAAAUUCUAUACUUCUGACACUAGGAAAUGACACAACUGGCUAAAUGCACAACGGAAGAAAACUGACAAUUCAAAGUGAAUUCCGUACAAGCUCAAAUCGAAGGCCAAAGUAGCUGAAUUGGAAAAUGUAUUCAAGUCAGCUAGGCUUUCAGUUCGAUUACUUUGGCCUUGAAUGUUAAAUUCACUUUGAAUUGACUUUGGAUUUCCGAAAAUCCUCCAUUAGUAAAUAACCCUGAGAAUGAACAAUUAAAAUAUAUCUACAUUUCAAAUUAGAGCCCUCCUAUAUGUUUUAUCACAUAACAGUCCUCACAUGGCCUAUUCACAUAUCUUCAAAAUUCACACAUGCUUCUGGCCUUUAUUAUGAGACUUAUUCGUGACAUGAUCAGCUGUUACGGUUUUUCAUUGCCAAGCAGAGUUUGACAAAUUUCUCUAACUUGGCUAUAUUGGCCUGAAUAGAAGUUUCCUUUGCCUAAUUGAUAUUCGUAUCUGUUAUAUAUGUAUCUGUAUCUUUAUUAUACAACUGGCACGAUCCACAAAUUGUUCUGUGUAAUAGUACAUUCAUUAUAUUCCCCUAUGCUGCUAGCCACAUGUCAAAUCUGUGUAAUUUUUAGGCCUCUGCUAAUGUGAAUCACUAAAUACAAAAUUGUGAAACAAGUAUAAUCUGUGUAAAUAAAUAUGCCCUCAAUAAACAUCAGAAAUGACUGACAUUUAUCUAUAAAAAAAAACAAACAAAAAAAACUGCAGUUAGGACAACAAUGAAAUUCUGAAGCUGGAAAUCUCAAACUUUCCUGGCCAUGACCAUCACAACACUACUCCUGGGUUUACUCUACUCACCACUCCCACUGGACAGGAAAAUGUAAUAAUGUCUAUAAAUACCUCCCUUCUGGCCCCAGACCCACUUUAUUUUUUUCCUGCCCACACUCCCUAAGACAGUUUUAUUUUAUGCAAUUGUCCAUGCUUAAAGCGGCAGUGUCAUGGCCGCAUCCAUUUUUUUUAACCUCCCUCCCGACUCCACUACAUCUAUUUUCCCAUCAAUUCCCCACAAAUGCCCCUAGACCCCCCCUUUUUACCUUUUUAAAAAAAACAUUUUUGUCCCUGGACCUAGGUCCUGGGCACUGCCAUAUUUAUGUGUGUAGAUGAAGGCCCUCUGGGACAUGUCAUCUGCCCACACUAGAUAGCGCUGUAAAAUUCCCACGCAUGCCCAGUUAAACACUGGGGCUAUUGAAUGAAUAGAAAUGUCAGAUGAAUGAAUUAAUAGAAAUGUCAGACAAACAAACAAACACCGAAUAUUAGUGUUCAUUUGUUCGUUCGUUUAGCUUAAUAUAAGGAGGGAGCUACCGGCGUGCAGCUCCCUCCUUGUAAUAUGUAAAGAUAGAAGCGGCAGAGAGCUGUGCUCCCUGCCACUUCCUAAGCCCCCCAUGUCCUCCUUCACUCUAUGGGGGUUAAUAUGACCCCCAACUUAGCAUAAGGGAGAUUGAAAUUUCCCAAAUGCCCCUACUCGCUAUGCCACGAGUAGGGGCAUGUCUACUAAACAGUGAGCAGCCCGGAUGGGGGACCUAAAUGACAAUAAGGGGGGGAUCUAGUGCCCCCACUGGUCCCACCCAUGAGCAACCGGUGGGGGCCCUAAAUGACAGUGGGGGAGACCUCUUGUCCUCUCCCUAGCCCCCACCUAUGAGCAGCAGAUGGGGGCCCUAAAUGACAAUAAGGGGGCAAGACCUAUUGUCCUCCCCCCCGGCCCCAACCCAUGAGUGGCAGGGGGGCCCUAAAUGACAAUGGGGGGAAAACUAUUGCCCUACCUCUGGCCCACACUCAUGAGCAGCGGGUGGGGGCCAUUAAUGACAAUUAGGGGGACCUAUUGUCCUCCCCUCGGCCCCCACCCAUGAGCGACAGGUGGAGGCCCUAAGUUACAAAUAAGGGGGGAUCUAAUGUCCUCCCCCUGGCCUCCACCCAUGGGUGACAGGUGAGGGCUUAAUGUAAACCCCCCCAGGUGACUAGGAGUCACCAAGAUCCUAGUCACCCUCCUACCCAAAUAAAAUUAAAUAAAGCCCUACCUACCCCCCUCACCCUACAAAUAGUGAGGGGGGAGCCAAAAAAACUAAAUGCCUGUAAAUAAAUGUAAAAAAUACUUAGCAUUUGAUGUCUUCUUUUUUCUAAAAUUUUCUUUUUUUAGCCCCCAAAAAGGCAUAUAAAAGUUCAUAACACCCGUUGAACUUAUAAAACAAAAAUAAAAAACGAGCGCCCCCCCCAAAAAAAAAAAGUAGUAUACCGUGGGAAUUAGGGAGCUAUCUACUAAGCGGCUGCAAGAUGCAGCCGCAGCACUGAUUGGAUCGGAAUUUCAUUCUUUAGAAUGAAAUUUCGAACUGACCUACAAGUACUCAUUGUCGCCCUAACAUGAAUGAUCAAACUGUUCUCAUUCUAUUAGGGCCGGUAGUUUCGCCAGCAUUCUGUCUAAAUGACAGGACGUUCGGGAAUAGUGAAAGGAGGCAUCGCAAGAACACGGAGGAAAGGUGAGAAUUGUGGGAAAUUGCUCUGACCACAGGAAAUGGAGCACACCUUGUUCCUCCGCUGGUCAAAACUGGUCAAGCGUAGGAAAAAUACACAAGGCAAAAUAGACCCUACUUUGUCUUAUGUUUUAAAGAAAACUAGAGCAGACAGGAAGAAAUGAAGAACAGAUCCUGAGAGAGGAAGAGAAUAGGAAGCAGUUAGGGAAAGGUUUGGCAUGACAGUGCCGCUUUAAUAAUUUUUUUUAUGGCAUACCAGUUUUUUUAACCCUUAUCCUAGAAGGAGUUCAGCCUCUCUUCCUCCAGAAGCUGCAGAUUCACCAAGGGCGACCCCCUGCAGAACCCCCUUAAAUGACCCUUGGGUAGCAGCUUGGAGCGUAAAGCCCAUUGUGAAUCCUUCUAAGCUCUCUGGUGAACUAGAAAGAAUAGUACUAUAAUAAAAUUAGUGCUGGGAAGCUUGGGUAUCGGGACUGCUAGUGUUUUACUUUGCAGUCUGAAGUCCUGUAAUUUAAUUUGGUCUGCAUUAGGUACAUCUGUAUUUGAAUUUAAUUUGGAUUUGGAUUUAAUUCAGCUAACAUUCCGCUUCAAUUCAGCUGGCAUUCAGCUUCAAUUCAGCUAAAAUUCAUUCACAAUUCAGUUGAAAUUAGGUUGGCAUUCAACUUCAUUCGGCAUUCGGUGCAAAUUCGCUAGUGCGAAUGUGGCACUUAUGGUAAGAAUGUUGCUAGGCAACAGUGUUUUUCUUAAAAGCUUUUUUGGCUGACUUUUUGGUUUUCAGUGGUUCUGACACUCUCAGAAAGUUCUCUUCUUUGAGCAGGUUUUCCAAGCCCUCUAUUAGAUCUGGUGAUCCUGUGGUGUCUUAUUUUCAGAUAUUUAGUUUUUAAUUUAUUCAACUCUCUUGAUUAAAAUAUAUGUUUGUGUAGGUUUAUACAUAUAUUUACUAAUAUAUUACCCCCCUCUGCUUACACAGAUAAGUGUUAGUUAAUCCCUUUUAACAGCUGCUCUGGGAUUUGCUAUUAUGGCCUCUCCAGCACACAAGAGCUAUAGGUCGUACUCUAGAGAAUCAAAGUAAGCCAUUUUCAAUGUUAUCCUUUUUACAAAAGAGACCUUUGAGGUGAUUCUAUUGGUCUCAGAACCCUUUAUAUUUCAAUCUAUACUUAUUUAUAUAACUUACAGUUUCCUCUGGUCUCCAAGCAGAUCCCCAGUUUCCUCUGUGGAUAAGACUCGACCUACUCAUUACGAUGCCUGUAACAACUUGCUAGUUGUAGGGAAAAUGCUGUGCUUGUCCUGGAUCUGUUUGGCAGCAGAUACCCCUAUGAGCCAUUACUCAGGUUCUAACCCUUUGAAUGUUAUUACCUAAAUCCAACAAGUCGGGCAGAAGGAGUCAAAUAAGCUACCCAAGGUUCCAAAUGGUCUAUAAUCAAAAUCAGACAUUGCUCUGAAUUAGUAUUUCAACACAUGUCAAGGGAUGGUGUAUCUCUCAAAGGACUAAGCAGACAGACUAAAGAAGAAAAUCGUAGCGUUACUCCCUCUAUGUUAUGUUCCAGCACACUAGUUCAUGAGCCUAUUGGGAUCCCCAUUGUCUUUGACAAAGUAGGCUCAGCUCACUAGCAUCUGAGGAUCCCUGAAAGCUCUUAUCUGUCACAAUUCAGAUUCCAAUCCCUCGAACAAAAGAGUCUCCUCUGUACCAGAGUUGAGAGAGCUUUAUCAUGGAGAAAGGAUGUGAACCUGUUUCAUGGAUUUCCCCAUGGAGAAAUAGACUGGAAGGUGAUAACAACAGAUACCUGUCUCUCAGGAUGUAGAGACAAACCUUUGUAUAGGAGACAUGGCCUCACACAUGAAGGAGAGUUUGUUCAACAUGCUGGAGUUAAUGGCAGUCUUCAAAGCCCUUCAUGGGUGAAGCUUCAGGUGGACAACACCUCAGUUGUAGCUUACAUCAACCAUAUCAGUUGUAGCUUACAUCAAACUAACAGUUUAAAUAUGUUAUGGGUUAUGUUCCCUAUCAUGAAUUGGACUCAGAGACAUAUCCAAGGUCCACCAGCAGUUUACCUUCCAGGUUCCUACAGCCUCCAGGUGGAUUUCCUCAGCAGGCACCAGAUACAACCAAGGGAAUGGUGCUUGGCCAAAUGGGCAUUUCAAAUGAUUGUGGAGAAAUGGGUAGUUCUGGAGAUAGACAUAAUGACAUCCUUCAUUACCAAGCAGGUCAGCAGGUUCCUUUCCAGGAAUCCUCAUCCUUGAGCAGAGGGAUAGGAACGUCAGGAGGGAAUAUGUCUUUCCUCCAAUCCCCCUUAUCUUCAGGCUACUCAAGAGGCUACAGAGAGAGCACAUGGAAGUCACAGCAGUGAUUCAAUUUUAGCUGAGGAACCCUAGUUCCGUCUUCUUUGGAGCCUCUCAAUAGAAGAUUCAAUGCCUCUCCCAGUCAAGCCGGAUCUUCUCUUUCAAGAACCUCUGUAGCAUCCAGCUCCUGGAAUACUCCAGUAAAAGUCAUGGAGAUUGAGAGGAGACAACUAAGGGAGAAAGGUUUUUUUCUGAUGCAGUCAUUUCUACCCUGUUACAGUCCAGAAGAAGGAAUACCUAUUACCGGAUCUGGGAUGUAUUCACUAGCUGGGUGUCACGUAUUCAUCCGCUUAUAGAAAUGUGGUUAAUGACAUUUCCUGUCCACACAGGAAAAGUUGUGCCGAGCAGCAACCUAAUCCACAGAAGGGUUAAUGCUGAGCAGUAAUUGUGCAAAUGAAACCUGGUGUCAUGUAUUCAUCCGCUUAUAGAAAAGUGGUUAAUGACAUUUACUGUCCACACAGGAAAAGUUGUGCCGAGCAGCAACCUAAUCCACAGAAGGGUUAAUGCUGAGCAGCAAUUAUGCAAAUGAAACCUGGUAACUGACUUUGGGGUCAAAGGCCGGUUACAGCCUAUCAGAACUAAAGGAGGGGUAUUUAGGCCCAGUUCUCAGCCUGCUCAGUGCCCUGUCGUGGUUUCCCUUGUGGUUGUCCGAGAGCGCGUUCCUGUUUAUAGUUUUCUACCUGGUUUUUUACUUUGGCUUUGUUUAUUGACUUCUCUAUAUUCUGGUAUCCUGACUCCUGGCUUUCCUCAUCGCUGUGUCCCUUUCUGCGUUCCCUGACCUCGGCUAGUAAUUUUGACUAUUCUUUGUACGUUAAAUCCGGCCAUUCUAAGGACCGGUAAUACGUUACUUAUUUGUCAUUCGUGCUGUACAGUUCUACGUGCUGGAUCAAACAGUAAUCCUGACAGUACGACAUGGCCAUAGAUCCUGUAGAGCUGUGUCAGCACAUAGCUGCUUGCGAGAGGAAAUUAGAGGAGAAUGAUCACCGCAUGGAUCAGUUCACUCAGGCUUUAAGUACGCUUCUCGCUAGAACGGAGCAUCUGCAGCCUGCAGCGUCUCCUCCUAUAGCACCUCUACCCUGUGUACCUUCUCCCACUGUUAAUAGGACUCCUAGCAUAUCCUUAUCACCAUCCCUACAGUUUGAUGGCAAUAUCCAGGAAUGCAGGGGUUUUCUUAAUCAGGUGGAGUACCAUUUUGAGGCCUCACCAGGGUCAUUCCCCACGGACAGAGCAAGAAUUGGUUAUCUAAUGAAUCAAUUAAAGGGCAAGGCCCUUGCCUGGGCUAAUCCGUUGUGGGAGAGUAAUCGGAGCAUAGCUCAUAAUUACCAGGAAUUCCUUGCCGAAUUCAAGCUCACGUUUGAGCCAUUGGGUAGAGAGGAUGACGCCUCCACUGCCCUAAUGCACAUCAGACAAGGUAACCGGUCUAUCUCGGAUUAUGCUAUUGAAUUCCGUACCUUAGCUUCCGAGGUAGACUGGACUAACAAUGGGUUAAUCUCAGCAUUCAAAAAGGGUCUCUCAGAGACUAUACUAGAUGAGAUAGCCGCUAAAGAAUUACCUAAGAGUCUUAACGAAUUUAUUACGUUUGUCAUGCAUAUUGAUAAUAGGUUAAGACUCAGAGAAGUCACCAGAAGCAAGACCAGACGUACGGCUAUGUCCCUAGCACCUCAAUUCUCUAAACCUGUUUUGUCUAACCUCCCUGUACAGUCCGAACCCGAACCUAUGCAGUUGGGGGUCACUAGACUGUCAGAGGCCGAAAAACAGUAUAGGAGAAGGGAGGGGUUAUGCCUAUAUUGCGGUAGAAAGGGACAUAUGAUAACUAAUUGUCCAGUGCGUCCGGAAAACUUCCGCACCUAAGAACCUUAAGGGGACAGAUCUUAGGUGUGAUGGAGUUGUCCUCUAACAAAAACAAAAGUAGAUUCCUCCUUGAGGUAUCUAUUUCCCUUGAUAACAAGAAGUUUUCUUGCAGUGCCCUAAUGGACUCAGGUGCUGCUGGAAAUUUUAUUGAUGUCCAGUUUAUUAGGGGUAAUGAGAUACCGGUCAGGGAGAGACCUACGCCGCUAGCUGUAGAGGCUAUUGAUGGUAGACCACUCACACAACCGCUUAUAACCCACGAAACUGUCCAUAUUACGAUCUCCAUUGGGGCUUCCCAUAGGGAGGAGAUGACAUUUCAGGUUAUUACUUCUCCAUCAUGUCCUAUCAUAUUAGGGUUUCCGUGGCUGAGUAAGCACAAUCCCUAUAUUGACUGGGCUAAUGGGGAGAUAUUAGAAUGGGGUAAAGAGUGUAUGGGGAGAUGUACAGGGAGUGCAGAAUUAUUAGGCAAAUUAGUAUUUUGACCACAUCAUCCUCUUUAUGCAUGUUGUCUUACUCCAAUCUGUAUAGGCUCGAAAGCCUACUACCAAUUAAGCAUAUUAGGUGAUGUGCAUCUCUGUAAUGAGAAGGGGUGUGGUCUAAUGACAUCAACACCCUAUAUCAGGUGUGCAUAAUUAUUAGGCAACUUCCUUUCCUUUGGCAAAAUGGGUCAAAAGAAGGACUUGACAGGCUCAGAAAAGUCAAAAAUAGUGAGAUAUCUUGCAGAGGGAUGCAGCACUCUUAAAAUUGCAAAGCUUCUGAAGCGUGAUCAUCGAACAAUCAAGCGUUUCAUUCAAAAUAGUCAACAGGGUCGCAAGAAGCGUGUGGAAAAACCAAGGCGCAAAAUAACUGCCCAUGAACUGAGAAAAGUCAAGCGUGCAGCUGCCACGAUGCCACUUGAUACCAGUUUGGCCAUAUUUAAGAGCUGCAACAUCACUGGAGUGCCCAAAAGCACAAGGUGUGCAAUACUCAGAGACAUGGCCAAGGUAAGAAAGGCUGAAAGACGACCACCACUGAACAAGAAACACAAGCUGAAACGUCAAGACUGGGCCAAGAAAUAUCUCAAGACUAAGGUUUUAUGGACUGAUGAAAUGAGAGUGAGUCUUGAUGGGCCAGAUGGAUGGGCCCGUGGCUGGAUUGGUAAAGGGCAGAGAGCUCCAGUCCGACUCAGACGCCAGCAAGGUGGAGGUGGAGUACUGGUUUGGGCUGGUAUCAUCAAAGAUGAGCUUGUGGGGCCUUUUCGGGUUGAGGAUGGAGUCAAGCUCAACUCCCAGUCCUACUGCCAGUUCCUGGAAGACACCUUCUUCAAGCAGUGGUACAGGAAGAAGUCUGCAUCCUUCAAGAAAAACAUGAUUUUCAUGCAGGACAAUGCUCCAUCACACGCGUCCAAGUACUCCACAGCGUGGCUGGCAAGAAAGGGUAUAAAAGAAGAAAAUCUAAUGACAUGGCCUCCUUGUUCACCUGAUCUGAACCCCAUUGAGAACCUGUGGUCCAUCAUCAAAUGUGAGAUUUACAAGGAGGGAAAACAGUACACCUCUCUGAACAGUGUCUGGGAGGCUGUGGUUGCUGCUGCACGCAAUGUUGAUGGUGAACAGAUCAAAACACUGACAGAAUCCAUGGAUGGCAGGCUUUUGAGUGUCCUUGCAAAGAAAGGUGGCUAUAUUGGUCACUGAUUUGUUUUUGUUUUGUUUUUGAAUGUCAGAAAUGUAUAUUUGUGAAUGUUGAGAUGUUAUAUUGGUUUCACUGGUAAUAAUAAAUAAUUGAAAUGGGUAUAUAUUUGUUUUUUGUUAAGUUGCCUAAUAAUUAUGCACAGUAAUAGUCACCUGCACACACAGAUAUCCCCCUAACAUAGCUAAAACUAAAAACAAACUAAAAACUACUUCCAAAAAUAUUCAGCUUUGAUAUUAAUGAGUUUUUUGGGUUCAUUGAGAACAUGGUUGUUGUUCAAUAAUAAAAUUAAUCCUCAAAAAUACAACUUGCCUAAUAAUUCUGCACUCCCUGUAUAAAACCAGUACUAAAGAGAUUGGAUACUAUUGACCUUCCCACUACCACUCCCCAAACUCCUGGAGUUCCCAUACAAUACCGAGAACUUCAGGAGGUGUUUAACAAGGCUCAAUCCGAUGUAUUGCAUCCCCACAGAGCAUAUGACUGUGCCAUUAACCUGUUUCCAGGCGCUAUGCCACCUAAGGGGGCAGUUUAUGCCUUAUCUCCCCAGGAGAGUAAAAUAAUGUAGGAAUACAUCAAAGAAUCCUUGAGCAAAGGGCACAUAAGAAAGUCAUCCUCACCAGCUGGUGCAGGAUUCUUUUUUGUUGAGAAAAAGGGUGGUGAGUUACGCCCUUGCAUAGACUACAGGGCACUUAAUAAAAUCACUGUAAAAAAUGCAUACCCUAUCCCACUCAUUUCCGAAUUGUUCGAUAGACUUCAGGGAGCUAAAGUAUUUACUAAGCUUGACCUUAGGAGCGCUUACAAUUUGGUUAGAAUUAAAGAGAAUCAUGAGUGGAAGACGGCAUUUAAUACCCGUAGUGGACACUAUGAAUAUCUGGUAAUGCCAUUUGGGUUAUGCAACGCCCCGGCCGUAUUCCAAGACUUUAUAAAUGAUGUACUCAGGGAAUUCAUUUACUCAUUUGUCUUGGUUUAUUUGGACGAUAUUUUGGUGUAUUCCCCUGAUCUUCAAACUCACCACUCCCAUGUGAAACAGGUUCUGCAGACGUUGUUGAAAAAUAAACUUUAUUGUAAAUUAGAAAAGUGCAUAUUUGACCAGCCUGAAGUCCACUUUUUGGGUUACAACAUCUCUGCAUCAGGAUUUCAAAUGGAUCCUAAAAAACUAGAGGCUGUACUACACUGGCCAUUACGCUCUGGUUUAAAAUCCAUUCAAAGUUUUAUUGGUUUUGGCAACUAUUACAGAAGAUUCAUCAAGGGAUUUUCUUCUGUAAUAGCCCCAAUCACAAAUAUGACUCGCAAAGGGGUUAGUAGCACGGUAUGGUCCAAAGAGGCUGUGAAUGCUUUUGAGACUCUUAAACAAAGAUUUGCCUCUGCGGACAUACUAAAACAUCCCGACACUAGUAAACCUUUUAUAUUGGAGGUUGAUGCAUCCGAGACAGGGGUAGGGGCUGUUCUCUCUCAGAGAGAAAGCCAGGGAACACCAUUGCAUCCUUGUGGCUACUUCUCCAGAAAGAUGUCUCCUGCUGAGCGCAACUACGAUAUUGGCAAUAGAGAACUGUUGGCCAUUAUUCUUGCCCUCAAGGAGUGGCGACAUCUUUUGGAGGGUUCCAAGGACCCCCUGUUGAUCAUAACCGACCACAAAAAUCUGGCAUAUAUAGGGGAUGCCAAACGUUUGUCUUCCAGACAGGCUAGAUGGUCACUGUUCCUUUCAUGUUUUAACUUUCUUUUUUUAACUUUACUUAUAGACCUGGUUCUAAAAAUACCAAGGCUGAUGCCUUGUCCAGGCAAUUUGAUAAUGAGUCAGCUCCGGAACAGGUGACAUCUCCUAUUAUUCCACCAGAGUGUAUUAUUGCUACUACUGUCCUCUCACUGUCUUCUCCACUGCUUGGCACCAUACUGGAGGCCCAGCCUCAGGCGCCCAGUGGUAAACCGUGUGAUAAACUGUUCGUUCCCCAAUGAAAGUGUUCCAUGACAAUAUAACUGCUGGACACCCGGGCAUCAAUAAGUCCACUGCCGCGAUCACUAGAUCAUUUUGGUGGGAUUCAGACUAGAUGGGCAGACUAGAUGGGCCGAAUGGUUCUUAUCUGCCGUCACAUUCUAUGUUUCUAUGUUUCUAUGUUUCUAUGAAAGAUGUAAAGGAGUAUGUGCAGGCAUGUUCUGUGUGUGCAGUUUCUAAGGUGACUAAUGCACUUCCUUGUGGCCUGUUGCAGCCUCUUCCUGUUCCUGAGAUUCCAUGGUCCCACUUAUCCAUGGACUUUAUUGUUGAGCUUCCUAGCUCUGCUGGGUUCACUACUAUUCUCAUGGUUGUAGACCGAUUUUCUAAGAUGGCUCACUUCAUUCCUCUCAAGAAGUUGCCAUCUUCGCAAGAUUUGGUUCUAAUUUUCAUACGUGAAAUUGUCCGUUUGCAUGGCAUCCCCCACAAUAUUGUGUCUGAUAGGGGCUCUCAGUUUUUGUCCAGGUUCUGGAGGGCGUUCAGUAAACAAGUGGGGAUUGAUCUUGCCUUCUCCUCCUCCUACCAUCCACAGACCAAUGGUACAGCUGAGAGGGCUAACCAGUCAUUAGAAGUUUAUUUGCGUUGUUUUAUUAAUAGCACACAAGACAAUUGGUCCGAACUACUCCCGUGGGCCAAGUUCGCUAGAAACAAUGCUGUUCAUGACUCCUCUGGGUACAGUCCAUUUUUUGUCAAUAAUGGUAGGCAUCCUACGGUUCUCCCUGCGGUAUUUUCUGAUACUGCCAUUCCUGCUCUGGAUGAGCGUCUGGCCUCCAUUCGGGAUACCUGGGUUAAGGUUCAAACUGCUCUAGGGGCUGCUGCUGAACGCUUCAAACAUUUUGCUGAUAAGCGUAGGAGUGCCAACCCGGUGUACCAAGUGGGGGACCGGGUUUGGUUGUCAUCUCGCAACAUCAAGCUUAAGGUCCCUAGCAUGAAGUUUGCCCCCAGAUUCCUUGGUCCCUAUAGAGUGCUUCGUAGGAUCAAUCCAGUGUCUUACUCUCUGGCUCUUCCUGCAUCUUUAGGGAUUCCCAACACUUUUCAUGUGUCCUUACUCAAACCUCUUGUCUGCAAUAGAUAUACUGUUCCUUGUGUUCCUCCCCCUCCGGUGGUGGUGGGUGGUCAGGAAGAGUAUGAGGUAUCUUCUAUCGUGGAUUCUAGGUUUUCUCGGGGCACUUUACAGUACUUGGUUGUUUGGAAAGGUUACGGUCCUGCUGAUCGUUCUUGGGUUUCGGCUCCUGACCUGCAUGCGGGCCGUAAGAUCCGCGCUUUUCACGCUAAAUUUCCUCUCAAGCCUGGUCCUGUCCGCCCGGUGGGCGUUCUUCAGGUGGGGGGUAAUGUCACGUAUUCAUCCGCUUAUAGAAAUGUGGUUAAUGACAUUUACUGUCCACACAGGAAAAGUUGUGCCGAGCAGCAACCUAAUCCACAGAAGGGUUAAUGCUGAGCAGUAAUUGUGCAAAUGAAACCUGGUCUCAUGUAUUCAUCCGCUUAUAGAAAAGUGGUUAAUGACAUUUACUGUCCACACAGGAAAAGUUGUGCCGAGCAGCAACCUAAUCCACAGAAGGGUUAAUGCUGAGCAGCAAUUAUUGUGGGGAUAUUUAUGGGAUAAUAAUAGUAACAGUGAGAAUUGCCCACUAAUUCAAUUCUCAGACCCAAAGAUUGUUAUCGUGUUAAGUGAGAAGUAUUUCAUAUAAAUAAUAUUCACAAUGUAUAAAAAUAGAUUUUAUUUAUAAUAACAAGUUAAUUAAUAAUAAUAAUAUGCAACAUAUCCAGUAAAAUGAUAUGCAAUACAAAGAAAUGGCUACACACGUCUCAACGGCUAAACAGCAUUUUCUGUCAAGACUUUAUUUAUGACUAUCUUUCACAGACUGAAAGUGAAACUUUUCACAGCGAAGGGCCAUAAAACCCUGGCUAACAGUUAGAAUAACCCUUUCAAUGCUGGCUAGAUCUCCUAGGUAAUUAAGAUCUAUUCUUAUGUAAUUUUAAAUAAAAUAACAUUUAAACCAGUUCAUUAGUCAUUUCCUGGAACCAUCCAAUAAGAGAAUCUACCAUAUUUAUAUAAGCAGAAUUUUAAUUGGUCUAACAGAUAUCUUAUCUUAUAUUAGAACAAAUCAAUACACAUGGAUAAAAACAGCGGUAUGCUAACAUGUGAUAAUAUCACCUUAAUAUAUAAUUAUUCUUAAUUCCACCUGCAGAAUGGAAUGUUUAUAACUAUAUAUUCUUUAGUUAACUAAGAUUUCUUAAUAUGGAAAUCUGACCGUGCUUUAUCCAGUCAUAUAUAUCAUGCUAUUAAUAAACUUUAAUUAAUUUAAAUUAAUUAAAUGAAACCAGUAUAAUUACCAGUUAAGUAGAUAUUUCAUCCGAUUGGUAGAUAGUCUCAGGAACUUAUUUGGAUGUCUGCAGGUGCAUGAGUUGUGGUGAAAGGUGGUGUUGGUUAGAAAGUCAGUAAAAUUCUAAGUGUUAGAGUUUUAAGAGUAGAGUGUUAGUCUCAGAUGUUGUCCUGGGAUUCUCUGCAUGUCCGAGUUGGAGUCCCCAAACUUCCAAUUCCUCUCUCCUCUUUUUCUUUCUCCUUUGCAUAUCCUAUCUUCCCUUUGUCCUAACUUUUAAAGGGCCAGACUCUCUGUAUGUCAUCAGUUGAUAACCCAAUAGAAGCACUAGAGGUGUGGUUAUCUUCCAGAUCGCAAUUUAGGUAUUUAGUCUAUAGAGGGCAGUCUUGUCCCACUAAACAUACCUAUCCAGGAAAGAGUUAACUUUUCUUGGUGGCUAUUUUGACGUCAUUUUGCGUUAUCUUUAUAGUGCCAUAACUUAAAAUUUCAAAGGGUUUCUUUAAGUUUUGUCCAGACUAUGUGUCUGGCAAAUCUGAGUUUUGACCCAUAACUUACAAUGGUACCUUACACAUAUAGACAGUAAAAUGUUAUUAUUUAAUCUUCUCUGUCACAAAUGUCUGGGUUUAGAUUUGAUCUAUUCCAUUAGCAUUAGACAGUCUAUCCAACCCCUGUUCUCCUUAUCACUUGUUUAUACUAUGCAUUCAUUUAGCUCUGGGAAAAUGGUUAGUUUUACAGCUAGAAAUCUUGUGUCUUUUUGUUAGCUUGGAAAUAACAAAAUGGACUCUGGUCUGUUCAGAGUGACUCAGAAUAUACACUUUUAAUUUCUAUCAUAGCACAAAAUGUCUGCCGAUAUAAAUACCCUUACAUUAUGCAAAUGAAACCUGGUAACUGACUUUAGGGUCAAAGGCCGGUUACAGCCUAUCAGAACUAAAGGAGGGGUAUUUAGGCUCAGUUCUCAGCCUGCUCAGUGCCCUGUCGUGGUUUCCCUUGUGGUUGUCCGAGAGCGCGUUCCUGUUUAUAGUUUUCUACCUGGUUUUUUACUUUGGCUUUGUUUAUUGACUUCUCUAUAUUCUGGUAUCCUGACUCCUGGCUUUCCUCAUCGCUGUGUCCCUUUCUGUGUUCCCUGACCUCGGCUAGUAAUUUUGACUAUUCUUUGUACGUUAAAUCCAGCCAUUCUAAGGACCGGUAAUACGUUACUUAUUUGUCAUUCGUGCUGUACAGUUUUACGUGCUGGAUCAAACAGUAAUCCCGACACUGGGCAGCCAGAAACAGUAUCUACCGGUGUCUUUCACUGCAGCAGAGUUAUUGAGCUUCCUGUAGGAAGGAUUAGACAAAGGACUUAAGGUACAAAUCUCAGCCCCAUCAGCUCUCUCAGACUUCAUAUGGGAAUUACAUCCAGACUAGAGUUUUCAGAGCAGUCCACCAGAUAAGACCUCUUUUGAAAUCUGCAUCCCCUCAUUGGGAUCUUCCAUUGGUACUGUGAGCUCUUCAGUCAGCCUAUUUUGAGCCAGUGGAGGACACCUAUGAUGUUUUUUACACUCAAAAUGGUGAUUCUAAUAGCUCUUACCUCCAGAAGAAGAGUAUCAGAAUUGGGAGCUCUUUCUUUAGAUUGUAGGUACAUGUUAUUUCUCCUGGAUAAGGUUAUUCUGAAAACAGUACCAGAAUUUAUACCUAGAGUGAUGUCUAUUCAUCUGAACCAGGAAAUAGACUUACCAUUUUUCUUCCCUUUCCCUUCUUCUGAAGAGGAAAGAAAUCUUCAUCAAUUGGUUGUGGUUAGGUGCCUGUCAGUUUUUCCUAACAGAACUGAUGAUGGGAGGAAAGCUCAAAGGCUCUUCAUCGUUUCAGGAGGUCAGAAUAAAGGCGAGAUGGCUUCCAAUAAAGCUAAUUCCAGGUGGAUUACCACAGCUAUAUGCAAAGCUUUUGAGGUUAAAAAUAUUCAGGUCCUUAAGUUAUUAAAGGUUUAUUCCACAAGGGCCCUUUCUACUUCUUGGGCAGCUGUAACACUUAUUCUUUCUGAUAUCUAUAGGGCAGCCACGAGGUCCUCGCAUCAUACAUUCAUCCAUCAUUACUAAUUGGAUGUCAGAUCCUCUCAAGGAAUGGAAAGUACCACAGCCGUCCUUUUUACUUCAUAAUUUGUAUAAAUACAUUUUUUGUUGCAGCAAUAUCUGUUUGCUGAUUUAUUUAUUUUCUUCCCUAGUUGGUUUAGCUUGGGCAUGUCCCAGGAAUAAUGCUGCCAUGGUCAUGGCCAGGAAAAGAGAAAAUUCAAACUUACCGAUAAUUUCUAUUUCCAGUAAUGGGCCAUGGCAGGACUACGGUACCACCUUGAGUUGUGUGGCUUUAUAUGAACUGAGGUAUGGGGCCUAAAUGGGAGGUAUUUAUAUAAAUGUUUAAUUCCAGUCCAAUGAGAGUGGGUGAAUUAAACUUCUAAAUCAACACCUCUUUAUUCUGUAACAGCAUGCCGCCAUCUUAGCCCUCUGUCAGUCAUUGUUAUUAGUUUUCUCUCUUACAGACUGCAGUUUGCAUAGGGCAAAGAUACAGAGCAGAAGAGAAAUUAAAGAAUGUUUUUUUUAAUCUAGAAUGUUCGCACUGGGUUUGCCGUGCCUGAAAUAAAGGUGAUGUAAUUUGCUAAAUCUAUAAUAUAAUAUUAAAAAGCAUGGGCAUCUUUUGAAAGAAAUAAAAAUAUUAACACAAGUUAGAGGAGGUUUUCAAUGCUUUAUUCAAUCGUGUAAACUGAAAUGACAGUUCUCCUUUAACCCUUCGCAACAUGACAGUGGUGAAAUAUUUUGCAGCUAUAUUAUGACAAUCAUUAGAGACAUCUCUGGCAAGAGAAGGAAAAUGUGGUAUUUUGUUUGAUAUUGAUGUAAAGGUUGCUGUCAUGGAGAAGCAGAAUGUGGCCAUUGAUCUUUGGCAAAGAUUCAGUUUGCAGAAACUGUCUGUGUACUGAUUCUUUCAUUGCUCCAGAUAUUUAAUAUACACUACAGACAGAGCUGAAGUAAUGAUUCUGUUACAAUAUUACUGUAAAAGUUGCUUCAGUCAUGUCUUCCCUUUUCUAAUGUUCCGUUUACAUGAUUAUUGAAGGUAUCAUGUAAUGAAUUCUGCAUACACCUCUGCAUAUACAAACCUUUUAAUACAACCUUACCAAACCUUUACACCCAACCAUUUAAUACAUCCUUUUAAAGCAUAGGAUGUGGUCCAAAAUGACUAGCAGACAUUAAUUCACAUACAGACUCACUGAGCUUGCUCCUUUGGAGUCACUUAAAAGUAGUCUCUCUUAAGUAGGUUAUUUUUAAGCCGGCACUGGACUGAUUUUGCUCUUGGGUACAAUCUUUAUAGCCAUAAUGGAUUGCACCUAAAUGGAUGAGGGUCUGCUGUGCUGGAGGACAGGAUGACUAGAAGGUUGGAAGUGAUUUUAACCCCUUAGUGACCAGACCGUUUUUCAAUUUUCUUACCAUUAAAGGACCACUAUAGUGCCAGGAAAACAUACUCGUCAUGGAGAAGCAGAAUGUGGCCAUUGAUCUUUGGCAAAGAUUCAGUUUGCAGAAACUGUCUGUGUACUGAUUCUUUCAUUGCUCCAGAUAUUUAAUAUACACUGGAGCAUCUCCUGAGUACAGUGAUACUACCCAUAUGCAGGUGUGUCGGGUUCUAUGGGGGCUAACAGACCUUAUUUGGAGGGUGCGCAUUCCAGUUUUCCAACUUGGAAUUUUCACAGAUGGUCAUCAUGCACCCAUGUCCUAUUUGGGACAUUUUUGAAGCCGGCCAAUGUAAUUUACCCCCAUCAAACCAUUUAUUUCAAAUGGUGAUAUUUUAACACUUUCCAUGCACUAACUCUACCACCAGUCUUUGUCAAACUUUUGGGUAGUCAUUUUUUUGUGUUAUUUUUCCCUCACAUUGUACUUUAGGUGUGUAUUCUCAUGUACGGAGAACUCUGAGGGUUACUGCCAAAGAACACGCCGAUAUCUGUUCAGCAACAUCUCCUGAGUACAACAGUGCCCCCAAUGCACAUGUUUUAUGGGUUUUUGUAAACUUACAGGGGUCAAAUGUAGGACUUUCCCCUUUUCCAUGUUUGAAAUUGAAAUUUGCUAGAUUGGUUUGCUGAGCCUAUGGUGCCAUUGAGACCGUAUAGCAGCCCAGGAAUGAAAAUUAACCCCAUCAUGGCAUACCAUUUGUAAAAGCAGACAACCCAUGGUAUUCAAAAUGGGGUAUAUCCAGUAUUUUGUAGUAGCCACUUAGCCAAAAACGCUUGCCAAAAUUAGCGUUCAUAUUUGUUUUUUGCAUUUUUUUAACACAAAACUGAUAAGUUUUACUGUUGUAAACACUCAUUUUUUGUGUUCAGCGAAGUCUCCCGAGUAUAACAAUACACCCCACGUACAGAUUUUAUGGUGUUUUGAAAAGGUACAGGGUCAAUAUAGGACUUGCCCAAUUCAGUUUGCCAGAUUGGUUUGUUGGGUCUGUGUUGCCUUUUGAGACCAUAUGGUAGCCCAGGAAUGUGAAAUAACCCUAUCAUGGCAUACCAUUUUCAAACGUAGACAACCCAGGGUAUUCCAAAUGGGGUAUUUCCAGUCUUUCGUAGUAGCAACCUAGUCACAAACGCUGGCCAAAUGAUUUUAUUACAGACUCGUUCUACUUUAUUCCCUAAGCAGCAACACAAUUAAGAGAAAAAUGAAGUAAUUUAACAAAUAUAAAUCUGCCUAUGAACAGGGCAGCCAAUCAGGUUACAGGUGUCCAUACAAAGGAAACUGUCACAUCCUGUUCUUCCUCUUUCUUGCUGCUCCCUCAGACAGCUAAGUUUUUCAUUUUUACCUUUUCUGUUUUAUGCUAUAACUUCAGAUAUACGUAAUUUGUCUUUCCCUGGUGUAUGCUUUGACAACCCUCUCUGGGGUGCCAACUCUUUGGGGACCUCCCUGGGUUUCCCUCUGCCCCCUCUUGUAUCUGAUCUUCUCCUAUCACCUGAGGUCUCCCUUCCUUGCCCGCGGCUUAACAGCCGCAUUCGGGACAACCCCUGUUCGACCCGGAUAACUAGCGCAAACCUCGUUCCGCGGAGUGGGAACCACAGACUCACAUUGGAAACUAUUUGGCACUAUGCAUGCGCAGACCGCUAUCUAAGGAGUGGCGCCAAGAACUUAAAGCUGAAUGCCCCCACCCUAUCAUGUCCGAUGAGGCUUGUAGAAUCCCAGAAGUGGACCUCAAGAUUUCCCAGUUUUUAGGGAAAAACGAGAUGGAAGCCCAAAAAAGGUUUGGAGUUCUCACUCAAGAAUUGUCAGGAUAAGAUCCUGGAGGUGACUGGCCCAGCGUCCAAGCUCUACGAGCUCUUAGAGUCCGCCAAGGCAGGGGAAACUGCCAUGGAUUUUGAUGUGGCUAUCAGGUGGGUACAGCGCCUAAUUUGUCUGUUGGGUAAUGCCAACACAGCUAUGGCAACAGAACGCCGCAAGGCCAUAUUACUGAAUAUUAACCCCAAAUUGGUCAAUAUGGCCGUUACUGAGCCUGGUCCAGCUGCAAAGGGCAUGCUAUUUGGGGACUCAUUCGUUAGGGAUCUGGGCAUGUUAGUGAAGACUUUCACAGCAAUUAACAAGACACAGGUCAAUUUGAAAAGGGUGUUCACGCUCAAGGUUUUUGGAGGGGCAGGGAGAUCCAGGAGUCGUCCAACCGGCCGAGGCUAUCUGGGACAAUUUACAGCCCCCAGAGGUUCCUCUCACUUCCCGAGAUAUUCCCCGGAAUAUAAACCAUCUACAUUUUUCCCCUCAAGAGGACGGCCAUGGCCACCACGGGUCUUGAGAGGAGCUGCAUCAGGACGACGGCCCUAUGGUAAGUGUUUACCCCUUCCUCCCAGGUACGGGUGGGUUGCAGAUUGGCCAAGAUUUCCCAUGUGUGGCACAUGAUUACAUCAGACCG